CGCACCCGGAGUGCGCUCGGCCGCGCGCCGCCCUGCCCGAGAGUCCGGGGGCCCCGCACGUCCGCCCCGCCGAGCGCGGCGGGACCCACACGACAUGAGCGUCCGCACCGCGCGCUGAGCGGCGGCGGCGAUGUCGGGGCGCGCGGCUCUGGGCCCCGGGCGGGCGCUGCCGCUGGCGCUGCUGCUGGCGCUGGGCGCGCUGCCGCGGGCGCGGGGCGUCGAGGAGCAGCCCGGCGGCGCGCACGGCUCGGGCCAGGGCUUCCAGGUGGUCACCUUCGAGUGGCACCAUGUCAAGGACCCGUACAUCAUCGCGCUCUGGAUCCUCGUGGCCAGCGUGGCCAAGAUCGGCUUCCACCUGUCACACAAGGUCACCAGCGUCGUCCCUGAGAGCGCCCUGCUCAUCGUGCUGGGCCUGGUGCUGGGAGGCAUCGUCUGGGCGGCCGACCACAUCGCCUCCUUCACGCUCACCCCCACUGUCUUCUUCUUCUACCUGCUGCCCCCCAUCGUGCUGGACGCCGGCUACUUCAUGCCCAACCGGCUCUUCUUCAGCAACCUGGGCACCAUCCUGCUGUACGCCGUCGUGGGCACCGUGUGGAAUGCGGCCACCACCGGACUGUCCCUCUACGGCGUCUUCCUCAGUGGCCUGAUGGGAGACCUGAAAAUCGGGCUGCUGGAUUUCCUCCUGUUCGGCAGCCUGAUUGCUGCUGUGGACCCAGUGGCCGUCCUGGCUGUGUUCGAGGAGGUGCACGUCAACGAGGUCCUGUUCAUCAUCGUCUUCGGGGAGUCGCUGCUGAACGACGCUGUCACUGUGGUCCUCUACAACGUGUUCGAAUCUUUUGUGACGCUGGGUGGUGACAAGGUGACUGGCGUGGAUUGCGUGAAAGGCAUAGUGUCCUUCUUCGUGGUGAGCCUGGGGGGCACGCUGGUGGGGGUCAUCUUCGCCUUCCUGCUGUCGCUGGUGACCCGCUUCACCAAGCACGUGCGCAUCAUCGAGCCUGGCUUCGUCUUCGUCAUCUCCUACCUGUCCUACCUCACUUCCGAGAUGCUGUCGCUGUCGGCCAUCCUGGCCAUCACCUUCUGCGGCAUCUGCUGCCAGAAGUACGUGAAGGCCAACAUCUCGGAGCAGUCAGCCACCACCGUGCGCUACACCAUGAAGAUGCUGGCCAGUGGGGCGGAGACCAUCAUCUUCAUGUUCCUGGGCAUCUCAGCCGUGAACCCCGGCAUCUGGAAGUGGAACACAGCCUUUGUGCUCCUGACACUGGUGUUCAUAUCCGUGUACCGGGCCAUUGGUGUGGUCCUGCAGACCUGGGUCCUGAACCGGUACCGCAUGGUGCAGCUGGAAAUCAUAGACCAGGUGGUCAUGUCCUACGGCGGCCUGCGCGGGGCCGUGGCCUUCGCGCUGGUUGUCCUUCUGGACGAGAACAAGGUGAAGGAGAGGAACCUCUUUGUCAGCACCACCAUCAUCGUGGUCUUCUUCACGGUCAUCUUCCAGGGCCUGACCAUCAAGCCCCUGGUGCAGUGGCUGAAGGUGAAAAGGAGCGAGCACCGAGAGCCCAAACUCAAUGAGAAGCUGCAUGGCCGGGCUUUCGACCACAUCCUCUCGGCCAUUGAGGAUAUAUCGGGGCAAAUUGGACACAAUUAUCUCAGAGAUAAGUGGUCCAAUUUUGAUAGGAAAUUCCUCAGCAAAAUCCUUAUGAGAAGGUCGGCCCAGAAGUCACGAGAUCGGAUUCUGAAUGUUUUCCACGAGCUCAACUUGAAAGAUGCCAUUAGCUAUGUGGCCGAGGGAGAACGCCGCGGGUCCCUGGCCUUCAUCCGCUCCCCCAGCACUGACAACAUGGUCAACGUGGACUUCAGCACACCGCGGCCCUCAACCGUGGAGGCCUCCGUCUCCUAUCUUCUGAGGGAGAACGUCAGUGCCGUGUGCCUGGACAUGCAGUCCCUGGAGCAGAGGAGGAGAAGCAUCCGCGACACAGAGGACAUGGUCACUCACCACACGCUGCAGCAGUACCUGUACAAGCCCCGGCAGGAGUACAAGCAUCUCUACAGUCGGCACGAGCUAACUCCGAACGAAGACGAGAAGCAGGACAAGGAGAUCUUCCACAGGACCAUGCGGAAGCGCCUGGAAUCCUUCAAGUCUGCCAAGCUUGGGAUCAAUCAGAACAAGAAGGCAGCGAAGCUGUACAAGAGGGAACGUGCCCAGAAGCGGAGAAACAGCAGCAUCCCCAACGGGAAACUGCCCAUGGAGAGCCCCAUGCACAAUCUCACCAUUAAGGAGAAAGAUGUGGAACUAUCAGACCCAGAGGAGGCCCCGGACUGUGGUGCUGAGAUGGGUGGUGGGAUCGAGUUCCUGGCAAACGUAACACAGGACACCAUGGCAACAGACUCCCCCUCAGGGAUUGACAACCCCGUGUUCUCCCCGGAUGAGGACCUGAGCAUCCUCUCCAGGGUGCCUCCCUGGCUGUCCCCGGGGGAGACUGUGGUGCCCUCCCAGAGGGCCCGUGUGCAGAUCCCCUGCUCUCCGGGCAACUUCCACCGCCUGGCACCCUUCCGCCUCAGCAGCAAGUCCGUGGACUCCUUUCUGCAGGCCGAUGGCCCCGAGGAGCAGCCCCACGCGACCCUCCCUGAAUCCACGCACAUGUGACACGGGUUCCGACGUGCCGCUGACCGGACGCUCCUCCCCUCCAGCCGCCGAGAAGCCCCCGCUCCCUGCGCGACCCCCCCGGCAGCGCGCCCUGAGCCCCGCCCCGCCCGCCGAGGCCACGCCCGCCGAGGCCGCGCCCGCCGAGGCCCCGCCCAUCGCCCCGCCCGACCGCGAGCCGGGGGCGGGGCCAGAGCGCCGCGGGCUGCCCGGCGCGCACGCGCGGUCGGCGGCGGCGCGCCGCGUGCACAGCCGGCGCUCGUUCCAGCGGCCCCGCGCGCGCCGCCGCCCCGCGCUGCUGAAGCUGGCGUCCCUGCCGCCCUCGUGCCACGCGCCGCCGCACGCGCUGGAGCAGGAGGAGACGCCGCUGUGACCGGCUGGCCGCGAGGUGCCCGCGUCCGGAGCCGGGUUCUUCGGUCUAGAGUCGGCCCAGGGGACCAGGUGUGCGAGGGGGCGCGAACCUGGGAAUUCUCGGGAGCCACGCGCAGAGGCCCGGGCGGGCCGGGAAGGGGGCCUGGCCCCGGGGGCCCCGCCGGCUGCUGGCGGUGCGGGCUGGCGCCCUUCCAGGAGGCCGUUGUGGGGACUCUUGUGACCACCCUCCCGGAUGGCGAGCCGAACCGGCGCUGUGUGUGCCUCUUCCCACCGCCGCCCCUGGCCGAGGGUCAGGAAGGGCCGCGGGCCCCAGAAGCCUGGCUCUGUGUUCGAGUUCUUGCCACGUUGUGUCCAUUCGCUCAUCAGCACUGCCAGGGCAACACGCCCAGGCACAGUGAGAUUUGCCCAUCCUGAUGCCAGCCCACGAUCUGGGCCGAGGCAGGGCUGCCACCCCCGGGGAGGCCAGGAGCCCUGGUGCCAGGAGCAGUUUGCAGGAUGAGGGGUUGGGGUGUGGGCAGCCUGGGCGCCGUGUGAUGUCUUCACGUCCACUUACCAGAUCUUUGAACUACCUGUCACCUUGGGACUGUAGGUACAAUUGCAGAAAUACCCUUUCUGUGUUGUGACUGGUCUGGGCCCGGCCCAGUUGUCGGGGUGGCGGCCUCUGGGCUCCAUGUGUGGCCCCACCCCCAGACACGUGUGGGCUCUGGCCGGAGCUGUCCCACCUGACCCUGGGGACGCCCUCGCUGGCUUAGAGGUUGCAGUGGCCUCGUGGGCAUGGGGCCUUCACAGCAGCUUAAUGGGACCCCUGGGCCUGCCCUGAGGGUGUUGUAGCACAGACCCCCUCCACCCCAGAGUCCCUCCUCCCCUGGCCCCCACCGCAGUCCAGUCCUCUGGAGGGACACCACUGGCCGUUCCUGGGGGGCGUGGAGAGAGGGUGGGGUGAGGAGUCUGCCUCAGUGAGCCAGGGGAGGGGCCCUCCCAUGCCCUUGCCUGUUCCUCAGACAGGCUUUUGUAUGAGAAAGAGGUGAUAAAGGGUUAAGGGGCCUCAGGACUCUUCUAGAAGGUUUUCUAAAGAGGCCAGGCCCACCUCCGUUCAGGAAAGGAAACUGCUGUGCCAGGACCAAGUCCUCAUGGGGUAGUUCUCACAGCCACCACGGGCCAGGUCUGCUGGCGGUUUGUGGUGUCGUAACAGUGCACAUGGAGUCCCUGGUGGAAAAGUCUGUGUACAGUCUGCUGUUCAGAGCUUUGCUGCGGAGGAAAACCAGGAAAAGCCACUGUGGCCUCAUUUGUGGAGCCCACCGAGACCUGCAUUCCCUAAAUCACACACCCAGGGGCGGCGCCGGGCUUUCCGGAGUUACUCCCUACGCGUGUGAACAUUUGACCAACUUCGUGAGCACGAAAUCCAACCAUGAUCUGCACAACAAAACCUGCCCGUCAGUGAGCCCGACGGACGGCUCCCAGGCCGGCAGCUGCAGCCACCGAUCGCAUCCCCGGGAAGGCACACGCUCUGUCCACUCCCUGCAGAGUGUUCAUCUGGAGCAGGGUGGGUCCUGCCGCACUGGUGCCCCGGGGUCCACAGCCCAGCGGGUCCGGCAUCUCUAGCUGCCUUAACAACUCACCUGGACCGCUGGACCCGGAUCCAAUUCCCAGCUGUGUAGCCAGAGGCUGAGUCAGGGGAAGCAGCUCAGAGGCACCCCACUCAACACCAGAGACAGUAAUUGAACCACUUGUUGAUGCAUCUAUUGGACAAAUGUCUCAUGGCUCGGCUCUUGGCUGGUGUUCUCUGUGAUUGGUGGGCAGUUUGUCAGACUGCACAGGGCCAGACACAGCCACAAGGGAACCAAAGUUCCAGGUCGGCAGACUCUCACACUGCAGUGCUCGAGAGGAAGGUCCGGCGUCUCCUCUGAGGACACGGUGUAAUGCACCCUUGUGCUGUGGAUACAUUUCAUAAAUGAGAAUCCUAGCUGUUGUCAUUGUAAAACAGAAUGUAAACAAAGUCUUAUGAGUGUAUUUCCUUAGGAAAACUGUUGUAAAAUUUUUUAUUAGAAAAGAAUUCCUAUUUAUUUAAUACUAAACUUUGGCCUACUUUAUGGUAGACUAUAAGGAACACAACUGUAGGAGUCACUAUUUCUCCCUUCUGUAUUUUCUUGAAAAUAAUUUGGUUACAGUGCUUCUAUACUGUGUAGUAGUGGUCUUCAAUAGUGAAAGGAGAUAUAAAGAAUCUCGUUGAAGCUGGAAAUGUAUGUUAAUUAGGAGUGGUGAAAAUUGUGUAUGUUAAUUUUGUGAAUGUAAACUCAGUCCAAUUUUGUGUAACCCUGAUCACAGAACGAUGUGCCUUACAGUGAGUGCUGUCCCGGACCUGUUGGGCAGGGGCCCCAUCACAGACCCUGUCAAGCCUGCAUGAUCAAGUCUAUUAAAAAUGUUUCAAGGCA